CAUUCCAGACAACUCUAAAAUCCAUUGACCCCUAUAUUACAGAGUUCCUGUGACUUCUAAAACCCGACCCUUAGUUCACGUCCAGCAGUUCUCUAGUCAGGGUUCAGUGUCUCCACAAGACCAUGCGUUUUUAAUACAGGAGCUUGCUCGCUCACCUUUCAUCCUCCUCCCUCCCCCAGCACUUAGCAAAUAGUGAGGUGCGGAGCUUAAAAGCAGUUACACGCUAUUCAAUCCAGUAUCACUCUGGGUACAGGUCUCUAACGUUCCCUGUUUUAUGUGCAGCAAGUAUUCUUUCGGAGAAGAUGCUGUGAAAUGAUGGCGACCAUCUGCACACGCGCGCGUGCGCACGCACACACAAAGUGCUCAGGGAAAUUUGCAAUUUGCUGAGGAUACAAUUAAUUCAAGUGGCCCUUGCCUUUAAUCCCAGCAUUCUGGAGGCAGAGGCAGGCUGACCUCUUGUGAAUUUGAAGCCAGCCAGAUCACGGUUAGGGAGAAUUCCAGAUUCAAUGAUGAUAAGCACAGCAGGCAUGAAGAUGGCUGGGAUCUUAAGACUGCAUCUAAUAAGUUCGUCAUUGAUUCCUCAUGGGGUAAGAAUGCUUUCAGAUCCUGGAUGUAGGAUGAUGUCAACCCACACAUCCAAGAAGAAGAUCAGAGAAUACUACAGCCUGCUGAAUCUAAAGGAAGGCUGCUCUGCUGAUGAUGUCAGGGAGGCUUUCCGUAAGCUUGCCAAGCAGUACCACCCAGACAGCAGCUCUAACCAUGCUGAUUCGGCAACAUUCAUAAAGAUUGAGGAGGCUUAUAGGAACCUUCUCUGCCAUGUGCUAAAACAAACAGAUGCUAGACAGAAUAAAGCUGAAGACACAGAAGAAGAGGAACAAUUCAGAUAUAAUACACCUCAGCACCGACACUAUUUAAGCUUCGAAGGCGUUGGCUUCGGGACUCCCAGUCAGCGAGAGAAACAGUACAGACAGUUUCGGGCGGACCGUGCAACAGAGCAGGUGAUGGAAUACCAAAGGCAGAAGCUUCAGCGGGAGCACUUUGCUCAUAGCUUAACUGUCAAAGACGUAAGACAGAGCAAAGAACAGAAGAUAACUCAAGCCAUCGAGCGCCUAGUGGAGGACCUCAUCCAGGAAUCAAUGGCGAAAGGAGACUUUGACAAUCUCAGUGGGAAAGGAAAACCUCUGAAGAAGUUUGCUGGCUGUUCAUAUAUUGAUCCCAUGACUCAUAACCUGAACAGAAUAUUGAUAGAUAAUGGGUACCAACCGGAGUGGAUUCUGAUGCAGAAGGAGAUUAAGGACACUAUCGAGCAACUUCGAGAAGCACUUUUAGGGUGUAGGAAGACGUUUGGGAACCCUCUGACAACAGGGGAACAGAAACAGUGGAACCAAGUGUGUGAGAAGUUUCAAGAAAACAUCCGAAAGCUAAACAAGCGAAUUAGUGAUUUCAACUUGAUUGUUCCUAUUCUGACCAGGCAGAAAGUCCAUUUUGAUGCGCAGAAAGAAAUCAUCAGAGUCGAGAAAAUGUAUGAGGCCUUCCUAGAAGCAAAAGAAAUCACAGAUAGAAGCCCAGCUGACAUUAGCCAGGAAGAAGAAGAGAAAAUGCCCAGAGUCAAGGCAGGCUUUCUAAACUGGUUGAAUCUGUGGAAAUUUAUUAAAAUAUAACUAUUUUGACAUUCAUGAUCAUUUACUGCUCUGGUCAGUUUUGAGUUGCUCUGACACCAGGCAGAACCUGAAAUUGAUUGUUGUGUUCCAGGGACUUGAGAGAUCUGUGCCUUUGUAGUUGCUAAUCACACACACACACACUCGUGAGGAAAUUCAGUCAGUAUUGCUGUAAGGAUGCAGUGAGAAAGAAAUACUAUUGCUGAAGGAAAGAGGCUAAUCCAUGCCAGACUUCAGGUGAUGGGUCCUAGGGCUGAGGCCCAUGACCCACACAGGGCAUUCCAGAAAUCUUAGUGCUCUUUCAAAUGCUAAGAACAAAAAGAUAGUUGUUUGACAUUUCUAAACAUAGGUGUUUAAGCAAAAAAACAAAAGGCUAUAUUUUUAAAACACUAAACUGAGGAUGUUGUAAUGAGAUUUAGCCAACUAAAGUCUCCAAAUAUAUAGGAGGGAAGAAAGGAUAGGGGGAGGCAAAGAAGGAAGGAAGAAGGCUGGCCCAGUGGUUAAGAGUGCUGGUUCUUUGCUGCUCCUCCAGAGGAACAGAGUUCAAUUCCCGGGACCCAUACCAGGUGGCUCACAACUGCCUGGAACUCCAGCUUCAGGGAUCCAGUGACUUCUUCAGGCCUCUGUCGACAUCUGCAUGCACACACACAUAAAUAAUAAAUUAAAAAUCUCCAGACUAAGGUCCAGGUGUGAUGGCACAUGCCUUUAAUCCCAGCCCUUGGGAGGCAGAGGCAGGCAGGUCUCUGUGAGUUUGAGGUCAGCCUGGUCUAUGAAGCAAGUCCAGGACAGUCAGGGUUCUGUUACACAGAGAAACCCUGUCUUAAAAAACAAACAAAAAUCUCCAGACAACAGGUAAUUCUUGCUAUCUUAUAUUCCUGAGUUUAUUAAAGCUCCAAAUUCAAAAAUAUUUUGGAACACCUGCUGGGUGGAGGAAAAUUGAAGUUCGGGAAAUUAGUCUGCUGGGAUUCCUGCACUUGCAAAGGCCUUACUGCAGAAACUAGACAAAGGAAAACAGUAAGCAAAUAGGUAGGCUAACUGUAAGAUACAUUCCUACAGAAGUCAGUCAGUUAAGCGAGUUGAUUUAAAAGUUCUAAAAUUAGGUUCAAUGCUAAAGAGUUUGAAUAUAUUUUUGUAACUUUUAGAGAGGGUGAAAAUCCCUGAAAACAAUGCAAAGGUAAGAGUUCACUUCCAGUUUCUUCUUUGAUCACAAGUUGAAAUGCUACGUUUCAGACUUUCAACAACAUUCAGAGCCCUAACUUCUGUUUUAGGGGCCCAACUUUCUGUCUUGGGGACCCUUUGAUAGUUUGUCUAAGAUGAGGUAUCUCAGGUUUGUCCCUUGGCAUCUUCAGAAAGUGACAGGAGACAGGUUGAUGGGAGUGCUCCUGCCUCCUUUCAGAACGAGGGGCUCAGGCUUGGCUGCUUGCUUUGGGCACAGAACUAGGUACCUGAAAGGAAGUCAAGGAGGGAAGAAAGGAACAAUCAUUUCCAGAAAGCAGUGUUGAGAUGGGUUUCAGGGUCUAAUGAGUUGUUUUGUAAAGUAUGUGAUGGUUAAAACAAUAAAGAAACCUCCAUCCUCAAAAGGAAGUCGGAGCCUUUCUGCUUCCAUGAUUGAGCAUUAGUUGUCACAAUAAAUGAUUUUUUUAAGUCAGAUUGAGUUAUCUGGCUUCCACAGUGAUGGUCCUGUAUUACUAUACAUGAAAUUGUCAACAGCAUGGACUAUGGCUUUGUGAUAAGAACUAUGAUUCAAACAUUUCAGAAGCCUGUUUUUCUAUGACUUGUUUUAAAAAAAAAAUGGGAAUUUGGAGCAAACAUGAGCGAAAUAAUUUUCAGUAUUAUAUAUGAGAAGGUGAGAUUACCAAAAACUAUUAAUUUUAGCACCAUUCACUUUAUGUUUGCAAAUGUCUGUAUUAAUAAAAUUACCUUAAUGACUA